CCAACACAAACCCAACACACCCACCACUCUCCCACCCAUCGCCUCCUCUCCGCACACCACACUUCCCCCCCUCCGCAGACACCAGCGGCAUGGCGAGCGGCGCGGCAGAGCACACGACGAACGGCGGGCGCGCGGGCGACGCCGCCGGCCCAUCAUCGUCGUCGAUGAGCGGGUCCGGCAUCCUGUCCCCCACGUCCCCGCGCGCAUCGUCCGACCUCACCGGCGCCGACGGCGAGCUUGAGCGCGUCAAGGCGGAGAACGAGCGCCUCAACCACCAGUACCGCUCGCUGCUGGGCAAGUUGACGUCGAUGCGGAGCACGCUCGGCGAAAAGCUCAAAGAGGAUGCGGAAGAGCUCGACCGCCGCGAGGAGCAGAUCAACGAGCUCAAUGCCGACAACACGGCGCUGCAGGAGCAGCUGGGCACACUACGGGGCGAGCUCGAGAGCUCGAGCGCCGAGUGCGCGUCGCUCUCGUUCCAGCUGCAGCAGCUGCGGAGCCAGAGCGAUAACAGCUCUAGCGACGUGCUGUCGCUCACGCGCGAGAUGCGCGAGCUGCGCGGCGAGAUGGAGCGGUUGCGCGCCGAACGCGAGGACUGGGAGACCGAGGCCGAGCGCGAGAGACGGCGCCGCGAGGAGAUCGAGGACGAGGCACGGGCCAGAGAACGGAGAGAGGCAGAGUAUCGCCGUGAGGCCGAGCGCGCGGUCGACGAGAGCAGGCUCGAGAAGGAGCGCGCGGAUAAUCUGCAAGAGGUGCUGAGCGAGUUCCAGGCAGCAAAAGACCUCGAACUCCACCAGGCCACGGCAGAGCUCGAAGGCCAGCUCAAGCUCGCCGUGUCCCAGCUGUCCGAGUUCAAGCUGCGCGCCGCCAACGCCGAGAGCUCGCUGUCGAGCGUCGAGUCCAACGCCAGCAGGGCGACAGUGCUCGAGAAGGAGCUGCGGGAAAAGCACACGGUGAUUGCAAAGUUGCGGCACGACGCGGUUGUCACAAACGAGCACCUCACCGAGGCCAUGAGACGUCUGCGCAAGAUCAACCCGGACAACAAUGUCGACCGCCGACUAGUAACCAACAUCCUGCUGUCGUUUCUCACGACGUCGCGCGCCGACUCGAAGCGCUUCGAGAUGCUGUCGCUCCUGUCGACCAUUCUGAGCUGGGACGACGGCGAGCGGGAACGCGCCGGCCUGCAGAGGUCACAAAAGGGCAAGGGGCGGCCCCAGGCGGCACGGCGCAAGUCUGGCGCGGCGCCGGCGCCGGGCGAGCGCACCGCCGAAGAAGAGGCAGCGAUGAACGAGUCGUUUUCGAAUCUGUUCGUCGAGUUCCUCCUCAAGGAGGCGUCGCAGGGCCAGCCAGAGGGCGCGACGUCGCCCUCGGCGUUCGAGUCGCCGUCGGCACUCCGCUCGCCGGGGCCGUUACCCGCGAGUUCGCCGCCCACGUCGGGCGCAACGACACCAAACUUGCGCAUGUCGCGCACAAUGUCCACGAGCUCGGCGACAUCAGCAGCCGCGAGCUCGGCGAGCCUCGACGCCGUCGUGCUGGGCACAUCGCGAGGGACGAUGGCAGGCUCGCGAAAGCCCAGCUUUGGCCUGCAGGAGGCCUUGGGGCGAUAGCGGGACGAGCAGGGGGAGGAGGAGCAUUUCUUCGUAU